AUGACCCUCCGCUUCCCGAAGCAGACUGCGACGACCUGUUUUGCGUGUCUACCACAUCGUAGCGUAGUUCCUUCAAUCAUCCAGCUCCUGCGACUGCCAUGUCAUCUGCAAACUUUCACGUCCCGUCUCCUGUACGACAAUCUUCACGCCGCACGGAGAGCAGAGGGGCAGCAGAGACGUCGGCAUCGUAAGCGAGCUGAGCCUCCUCCGUACAACCCGACUCCUGCUCUAAUCGCACAGUCGCCACCGCCAAUCGAUCAACACAACGUCGCGCAAACUGGUUCUUCAAGUCAAUCUGCACCGGCAGCACGUCCGGUAAUGUCGACCAGUGCGUUAAUUCCGCCGUUAGGGGCCCCGCCAGCGUGUCACGGCUUGCCGACACUGGGCUUCGCUCCACGUCGUUCCGCGGCCUUCCGCGACAUUCUAUGAUCACGGUUUGAACUGAGGCGCAGCCUUCUCCAUCUUUCUCCCUCCUGCUCUUCACACCUUACCCAUCGCACCUCAUUCCAUCGCCACCUCGAGCUCGCGGCAUCCGAAGCGGUCGUCGUGGAAGCUCUGCAACGAAUACGGGAUCAAGAAAUGUCUGCCGCAUGCAACAUAGCUACGAAUUCGAGUAAGUAACUUCAUAAACUGUGCUCUUCGGUGUGGGAUUGUUCAGGAGCUAAUGGAGAACUACCAAGCAGCAAUUCCCUUCAACACGUCCUCUCUGAAUGUCAACCCUCGAGUUGUUUCUUCACCGUCAGCUGGUGAUACGGCAUGCGUGAGUUAUCCCUUGACAUGGCUGUCAGUCUUAGAUAUGACGGAAAAACUGAUACGAAAAACAGACAUUGAACGUCAGUGACACAGCGGAAGGAUUGACUUCGUACGGUUGAGAAUCCGGGUCAUUGGGACACUAAAUGUGAGUCUUCACUGCCAUUGCUACAGAUGGACAACAGCAAUAAUACUGAUAAUUGUAACGAAUCACGCCAGAAAACAGCCUCUGGUCGGGUGAAUUGCGGCUCACCAUCCCGUGGCAGAUCCUCAACGGCUCGGUUCGGUGGAGUGACCGUCAUGUUGGCAGGUGUGUGCCAAUCUUUCAAAAGCAAAUCGCAGGGCAGCAUGACUAACUGACCGGUUGAACUGUAACAUCACAGGGAAUCCGAAGCAAUGCCUUCCCGUUAUUCCACGUCUCGGUUCGGUGGAGUGACCGUCGUGAAGACUGUUGUCAACUCGGUUACACACCCGCCUGCUCGAGGCCAUCAUUCUCACAGGAGAUCAUGCUGGACAGCCAGUUUUGUUGCCACGGAUCACGCUGAAGACAGGGUCAUCAACUGGGCUUCCGUUCACUCUGCAUCGGACGCAGUUUCCAAUUCGGCUAGCAAUGGCUAUGACGUUCAGCAAGUUGCAAGAGCAGUCACUUGCGCAGGUAGGAGUGUGUCUGGAGACGCCCGUCUUUUGUCACGGCCAGUUGUAUGUCGCGUUGUCCUGA